AUGGUUGCAAAGCUGCUCCAUUCCCAACUUUGCCUCCUGCUGCUGCUGGGGCUCCUGGGAAUAGUGCCCUUGUUGCAGGCCGGACCACAUGGUUUACCUGAUUAUGAGUGGUUUAGAAUCCAGCACAUAAAAAAUGGGAGCAUCCAAUAUAAUAUUACACAAUGCAAAUAUUCUCGAAACCGGAGCAUAAGUUUCUACAGAAUUGCUUGUGAUCCAAUAACUCCACAGGUUAAUGAUACCUUGGUUCCAGUUCACUUGGAUGGGACAUUCUAG